CGUGCGGGGCUUGUGCUGCGGCUGCUCGCCAUGGCUCAGGCGGCCAAGCAGCUCAAGAAGAUCAAAGACAUCGAGGCGCAGGCCUUGCAGGAGCAGAAGGAGAAGGAGGAGUCCAACCGUAAGCGCAGGAACCGCUCGCGGGACCGCAAGAAAAAGGCUGAUGCUGCAACCAGCUUCUUACGGGCGGCGCGAUCUGGAAACCUGGACAAGGCUCUGGACCACUUGAGGAAUGGUGUGGAUAUUAACACCUGCAACCAGAAUGGGUUGAAUGCUUUGCACUUGGCCUCCAAGGAGGGACAUGUGAAGAUGGUGGCUGAGUUGCUGCACAAGGAAAUAAUUUUGGAAACCACCACCAAGAAAGGGAACACGGCCUUGCACAUCGCUGCCUUGGCAGGACAGGAGGACGUGGUGAGGGAGCUGGUGAACUUUGGGGCAAAUGUCAAUGCACAGUCCCAGAAAGGCUUUACGCCUCUGUACAUGGCAGCACAGGAAAAUCACCUGGAAGUGGUCAAGUUCCUGCUGGAGAACGGCGCCAACCAAAACGUUGCCACGGAAGAUGGAUUCACACCUCUGGCCGUGGCUCUGCAGCAGGGCCACGAAAAUGUGGUGGCUCACCUGAUUAACUACGGGACCAAGGGCAAAGUGCGGCUGCCAGCACUGCACAUAGCUGCACGCAAUGACGACACUCGGACAGCGGCUGUGCUCCUGCAGAAUGACCCCAAUGCGGAUGUCCUGUCCAAGACUGGUUUUACCCCACUGCACAUUGCUGCACACUACGAGAACCUCAACGUGGCCCAGUUGCUACUGAACCGAGGCGCAAGCGUCAAUUUCACUCCCCAGAAUGGCAUCACCCCACUGCACAUCGCCUCCCGCCGGGGCAACAUCAUCAUGGUGCGCCUGCUGCUGGACCGGGGAGCCCACAUCGAGACCCGCACCAAGGAUGAGCUGACACCGCUGCACUGCGCCUCCAGGAAUGGGCACGUGCGGAUUGCGGAAAUCCUGCUGGAUCACGGUGCUCCCAUCCAAGCGAAGACCAAGAACGGCCUGUCCCCCAUCCACAUGGCCUCCCAGGGAGACCACUUGGACUGCGUGCGACUUCUGCUGCAGUACAAUGCUGACAUUGACGACAUCACGCUGGACCACCUGACGCCGCUGCACGUGGCUGCCCACUGUGGCCACCACCGAGUGGCCAAAGUCCUGCUGGAAAAGGGGGCAAAGCCCAAUGCUCGGGCGCUGAAUGGCUUCACCCCUCUGCACAUCGCCUGCAAGAAGAACCACAUCCGGGUGAUGGAGCUCUUGCUGAAGACGGGAGCCUCCAUUGAUGCCGUCACCGAGUCUGGGCUGACCCCUCUCCACGUGGCCUCCUUCAUGGGGAACCUCCCCAUCGUCAAGAUCCUGCUGCAACGAGGAGCCUCUCCCAAUGUUUCCAACGUGAAGGUGGAGACCCCCCUACAUAUGGCAGCCCGGGCUGGGCACACGGAAGUGGCUAAGUACCUGCUGCAGAACAAGGCCAAAGUCAAUGCCAAGGCCAAGGAUGACCAGACCCCCCUACACUGUGCGGCCCGCCUUGGCCACUGCACAAUGGUAAAGCUGCUGCUGGAGAGUGGCGCCGACCCCAAUCUGUCCACAACAGCCGGGCACACACCGCUGCACAUCACAGCACGCGAGGGCCACCUGGACUGCGCCUGCGCCCUUCUGGACAAGCAGGCUUCACAGACGGUCAUGACCAAGAAAGGAUUUACCCCUCUGCACGUUGCUUCCAAAUAUGGGAAAGUGGAUGUUGCCAAGGUCCUGCUGGAGCACGAUGCCCAGCCCAAUGCAGCGGGGAAGAAUGGCCUCACGCCCUUGCAUGUCGCUGUUCACCACAACAACUUGGACAUUGUCAAAGUGCUGCUGCCCAAAGGAGCAUCCCCACACAGCGUGGCUUGGAACGGAUACACCCCCCUGCACAUCGCCGCCAGGCAGAACCAAAUGGAGGUGGCCAGCAGCCUGCUGCAGUAUGGCGCCUCCGCCAACGCCGAAUCCACACAAGCUGUGACCCCGCUGCACCUGGCGGCCCAGGAAGGCCACUCGGACAUGGUGGUCCUUCUCCUCUCCAAGCAGGCCAAUGGCAACUUUGGCAGCAAGAGUGGCCUCACCCCCCUCCACCUGGUGGCUCAGGAGGGGCAUGUCCAAGUGGCAGACGUCCUCCUCCGCGCCGGAGUUCGAGUGGAUCCAACAACGCGGAUGGGCUAUACUCCGCUGCACGUGGCUUCUCACUACGGGAACAUCAAACUGGUGAAGUUUCUGCUGCAGCAUCAAGCGGAUGUCAAUUCAAAGACCAAGCUGGGAUACACUCCUCUGCACCAAGCGGCCCAGCAAGGGCACACCGACAUUGUGACCCUCUUGCUCAAGCACGGUGCCUCGCCCAAUGAAAUCAGCUCGAAUGGUGCCACACCUCUGGCCAUUGCCAAGCGUCUGGGCUACAUUUCUGUGACGGAUGUGCUGAAAAUUGUCACUGAGGAGUCCAGCUUCCUGUCAUUCAGUGACAAGCACCACAUGAGUUUACCAGAGACGGUGGACGAGAUCCUGGAUGUGUCCGAGGAUGAAGGCACGGCUCACAUAACUCUCCUGGGCGAUGAGUUGCCCGCUCCAAAGCCACAGAAGCGGGACUUCCAGUAUCAGGACGACGAGAGAGAAAUUGUGGAGUUUGUCCCCAAGCUGGACCACGCGAGGGAAGAGUCUCCCGCCAUCCCGCGAAUCCCUUGUGUGACGCCUGAGACGGUCCUGAUCCGACCCGAGGAGCCAGAACAGGCUUCCAAGGAAUUUGAUGAGGAGUCUCUCAUUCCAAGCAGCCCUGCCACAGAGACCUCCGACAACAUCAGCCCUGUGGCCAGCCCAGUCCACACAGGAUUCCUCGUCAGUUUCAUGGUGGAUGCCCGUGGCGGGUCCAUGCGGGGGAGCAGGCACAACGGCCUCCGCGUCAUCAUCCCACCCAGGACGUGUGCAGCACCCACACGCAUCACCUGCCGCCUGGUCAAGCCCCAGAAACUGCAGGCCCCGCCUCCUCUGGCUGAGGAAGAAGGGCUGGCCAGCAGGAUCAUUGCCCUGGGCCCCGCCGGAGCACAGUUCCUCAGCCCUGUAAUCGUGGAGAUCCCUCACUUUGCCUCGCACGGCCGCGGUGACAGGGAGCUGGUGGUUCUGCGCAGUGAGAAUGGAUCCAUAUGGAAGGAGCACCGCAGCCGCUAUGGAGAGAGCUACUUGGACCAGGUCCUCAAUGGCAUGGAUGAAGAGCUGGAGAGCCUCGAGGAGCUGGAGAAGAAGAGGAUUUGCCGCAUCAUCACCACGGAUUUCCCCCUUUACUUUGUGGUCAUGUCUCGCGUGUCCCAGGACUGCGACCUGAUUGGCCCAGAGGGUGGCUGUCUGCAGAGCACGUUGGUGCCCCUGGUCCAGGCCACAUUCCCAGAAACGGCAGUCACCAAGAAGGUCAAGCUAGCUCUGCAGGCGCAGCCGGUGCCAGAUGAGCUGGUGACAAAACUUCUGGGGAACCAGGCAACGUUCAGCCCCAUAGUGACAGUGGAGCCACGCCGCAGGAAAUUCCACCGCCCCAUUGGGCUGCGCAUCCCCCUGCCACCUUCGUGGAGGGAGAACCCCCGAGACAGUGGGGAGGGCGAUACCACCAGCCUGCGGCUCCUCUGCAGUGUCAUAGGAGGAACAGCCCCAGCACAAUGGGAGGACAUCACGGGGACCACAAAGCUUGUCUAUGCCAACGAGUGUGCAAACUUCACCACCAACGUUUCUGCCAGGUUCUGGCUGGCAGACUGCCCAUGCACAGCCGAAGCCAUCCAUUUUGCUAUGCUGCUUUACAAAGAGCUGGCGGCUGUGCCCUACAUGGCCAAGUUCGUGGUGUUUGCCAAAAUGAACGAGGGCCGCGAGGGCCGCCUGCGCUGCUACUGCAUGACCGACGACAAAGUGGACAAGACGCUUGAGCAGCAUGAAAACUUCACUGAAGUGGCCCGCAGCCGGGACAUUGAGGUGGUGGAGGGAAUGCCGCUGCACACAGAGCUUUCUGGGAACCUGGUGCCCAUCAAGAAGGCCACCCAGCAGCGCAGCUUCCUGUUCCAGUCAUUCCGGGAGAACCGCCUGAUCAUCCCUGUCAAGGUGCGGGACAGCAGCCGGGAAGCCAGCGGCUCCUUGUCCUUCCUCCGCAAAGCCAUGAAGUACGAGGAGCUCCAGCAUGUCCUCUGCCACCUGAACAUUACAAUGCCUCCCUGUUCCAAGAGUUCCGGCAGUGAGGAGCGAAGGAGAACGCUGACGCCGCUAGCCCUGCGCGAGAGAUACAGCCUCCCCAGUGACAGCACCCUGGGCUCAGUAAGCAGCACAGAGAAGGACAGAACAGACAUGAAGAUGGCUGUCAUUGCAGAGCAUUUGGGCCUCAGUUGGGCUGAGCUGGCCCGGGAACUGCAGUUCGGUGUGGAUGACAUCAAUAGGAUCCGUGUGGAGAAUCCCAACUCCCUUCUGGAGCAGAGCCUGGCCCUGCUGAACCUGUGGACCAGCCGUGGUGGCCAGAGUGCCAACAUGGAGAACCUGUACACGGCUCUGCGCAACAUAGACCGCAGUGAGAUCAUCAACAUGCUGGAAGGCUCCUCCCGGCAAAGUCGUAGCCUGAAGGGAGACAAACGCUACUCCAAUCGGGAUUACUCCUUGUCACCCUCCCAGAUGAAUGGUUAUGCUUCGCUGCAGGACGAGCUGCUCUCCCCCGCCUCCCUGCAUUACGCGCUGCCUUCCCCGCUGCGUGCUGACCAGUACUGGAGCGAGGUGGCCGUCAUGGAUGCCGUCCCCAUGGCCGCCAGCGAGCAGGACGCCCUCAUGGAGAUGUCCGACAUGCAGGUGUGGUCCUCGGGGCUGACGCCCUCGCUGGUGACUGCCGAAGACUCCUCGCUGGAGUGCAGCAAGGCCGAGGACUCGGACGCCACGAGCGAAGGCCGGUUCCCGGGGCAGCUCCUGGAGGACGCGCAUGGCCCCGACCCGCUGGGCUCCAUGGACCUGGUGGAGGACGACACAGUGGACUCAGACGCCAUGAAUGGCCUGAUGGACAUGCUAGAGCAGGAGGAAGGUCAGAGGUCAGAGGGGAGGAGGCCAGACGGCGAGCGCCGGGGGCCUCUGGGCGGGAAGCCGGGUUCCCACACUAAAGUCUCUCUUGUUUCAGGCCAGCAGAGGGUGCAGGCCCGCAUCACACAGUCACCUACCGUCAGUCGGGUCAUCGACAAGGGCAAAGAGAGGCUGGGCAACUGGGCUGUGGAGAGCACCUUCAUCUCCAGUCUGUCAGACCUGCCCAAGGGGGUGUCCUUGAGCCCCCCAGCGCUGCGGCAGUCGGUGCCCUACAGAGUGCGGGGCCGGGAGAGGGAGAGGCCGGAGCACACGCGGAUGGACUCGUCGGAGGAGAGGGAGUGGGGGCUCCACCCUGGGAGGCGGCAGGGCCUGGCUAAGUGGCUGGAGGAAGCUGACAGUAGCAUAUUUGGACAAACACAGGGGAAUGAAGCGCUGGAUAUUCCAGGGGAACAAGUGACCGAGGAGCAAUUUACAGAUGAGCAAGGCAACAUUGUCACAAAGAAGAUUAUCCGGAAGGUGGUGCGGCGGCUAGAAACGGACGGGACGGGCGACGCACGGCAGCACGAAGAGGUGAUUAUGGAAGGCUCCCUGCAGGAGCCUUAUGCGCUGGAAGCCCAGGUUGGCUGCUUCCUGGCACGUGCCCCUUGGCAGCAGGAGAGUGCAGGCAGCAAGGGCUUCACCUCGACACCAAUCCACUGACCUCCACCUCCCCCUUGUGCCCCCACGAUGGCCAGGCGAGCGGAGCCACAAGCUCACUGGGGCAGGGCUGGCUCUCCAUGACUCUUUAGGUUACAUGGCAUGAUUUCUGUAAGAGACCUAACUUUACUGUCUUAUUCGCAUGACCGACCGACUGCAGACGCAUGAGCUACAGUUCUUCCUCCUGACCUAAAGCCCGGACCGAGGAGGGGAAGCCGUGCGAUGGUGCCUACUUCCCGGAGCCCUCUUCUGACGCAGCAGCGCCUCGGCCUCCGGGGGAAGGAGUCAGCGGGAUGGGACUCGGCGGCCCAUCCACCCUUGCUCAGCCCUCCCUCGUGCCCAGCGUGGGCUUUCGGUCCAGGUUUGCAGGCCUGGGAGAUGGGAAGCAGAGCAGGGCUGCCCGGGGGCAGGGAAACCCCACCCCCCGGCUGUUCUUGCCCAGUUCGGGUGGAAAAGCACGGCCUGGACAGUGGCUCAAACUUUGUGUAUACGAUGCAAACAGAUACCUACUAUGCAAACACAAAUAGGGACGUUCGGCAGGAUCGCAUUGGCACGGCUGCCUGAGAAGCCUCCACGGGCUGCCAGCCCUCGGCGGGAUGGAGGCAGGGAGUGUAAGGAUGGUGCCAGGCAGAGCAGAUCUCCCAGGCUCAUAACUGUCUCUCUCUCUCUUUUGCAAAGACACACACACACAUUUGGGGGGCGGGGUGAGCGGUGGGUGGAAGAAGAGGGGGGAAGGAAGGGCUAGUGCAUGAGCCUCUGCCAAUCCACUUGUGCCAGGCCCACGGGCACCAAACACUCGGGCUGAAAGAGCGCAGCGUCCUGCUUGCGUCCGAUGCCCGGCUCCACCCAGCACAAUCUGUCGCUCAGGAGAGGUGCAGAGCUACAUUGCAACCUUACCUGCGCUUCUAUACCAGGGAGGACCUGCAAAGGCCUCCCAACUCAGCACAGACGUGGCAUCUGCCAAAGUUUCCCGGACCACUCCUAGCUGGGGAGUAGCUGAAUCUCUCUUCCGCCCACCCCCCCAACCCACUUACACACUCCCACACCAAGUUCCAUGAUGAAUAAAGGGAAGAGCAAAGCACCCUGGGCUUUUUUUCCUGCCAGAGGAUGCUCUACUGCAGCCAGGCCUGGCUGCCCCCCCUGCCCCCGCCCCUUGGUGCUUGGGGAAUCCUCCCCCUCCCCCGGCCACUUCUUCCAGCCAAGCCAGAAGCCUGGGACUCCUUCCUUGAGCAAUAGGUCGUUCCUUUUUAGAGGCAUUUGCUCUGGGAUUCCAAAAAGGGGAGGGGGAGUUGUUGGUGGGGAGUUAUGCUGGCUGGUUGCCAUGUGACUCCCCCCCCCGCCCCCCGCUUCAGUCUUUGGACCCAGAAGAGAUGCCAAGGGGCACCUGCUUCCUGAGAAAUGCACAAGUUCAGCUCUUCCCCCCAGGGACCCACCUUUCCAGGCCUUCGGUGCUGGUGCUGCCAACCCAUACGCAGCUGCUGCUGCUGCCACCAGCAGCCCUGGGGGCAUUGACACCCCCCCCCCAAGCAAUCUGGGGCUGGCCAGCAUGUGGGUCCCACUCACAAGGGGAUGAGUGCACAAGGGGCAGGGUGAUGGGGUGAGGGAAGGGAAGCUGGGGAAAGACCCAAAAAUGUGGUCUAGGCAUCUCCACAGAAAGUAUCAAGAGCUGCCCCAGUGACAACCAUGCAAAGUACACACAGCAACCCAACCUCCCCCCCCACGCCGCCACCUUCAUGCAACACAUGCCCUGUAUGCCCGCCCACCCCAAAUUGCUGACACAGCCUUUGCCAUAGACUCUAGCAUGGGGCCCCCCAUGCUUUGGCCUCCUGUAGUGCGUAGGAAAAUGAGCUGCGAACUGUGCCCCCCCUCGCCUGCCUGCGGGGCGACGCUUUGCUAGUAGGAGCUGUAGGGGAGGGUGAUGCCUAGAGAAUGCUGCCGUCUGCACUCUAGAUGCUUUUUAGAAGUUUAUGAGAUUACUUUUAGUUUCUUUUUUAUUGUUAUGGGAAUUUUUGAGCCUUUUGGCUCCUCCUCCUCCUCCUCCCCUCCCUACCUCCAUCCCUCACCCCUGAUGUAUAGACCAUCCUCCCUUGUCCACCUGCUACCAGAAUCCAAGUUAAUAAAGAAACCAACACCACUU